AACCAUAAAACAUUAAGCAGAGCAGUCUUAAAAUUUGUCAAUGACAGACUUGUUGACAGAGAUGACGCCUCUUGGAGAGAUGAAGUCCAACAAAACUUCUUAGAAUGCAAAGAAGACACAUGCGCUGUUCUUGAAGAUGAAAUAGAAAACAGAAUAGAUGAGCUAUUAAAGGACAAAGAACUUUUACAUAAAUAUAGUUGCGCCAAAUUUGACAUAACUCCACCAGAAAAGAAGAAGAGAGAAAAGAAAGUAGAAGAAGAGAAGAAAGAACCUGAACCAGUUCCAGAGAAAAAGAAAUUUGACAUGUAA